AUUGAAGGGUGGGUUUGAAUAUCUGAUUUUGUGAAAGCAUCUCCAACGUAAAAAAAGUGGUAUAAUUAGAGAAAUUGGGGAAGGGAAAGAUUGAUGGGAGUGGGGAAUCCUUUAGUUUGAAAGGGAAACAGUAGAGAUGACAUAAGCAUUGUCCACUGGACCACUAAUGGUCGGGAGAGAAUGAGAAGAUAAGAAAUGCAAAAACAACAUAUAUACCAAAACUUGCACUUAGAUCCUCACAGCCUUUCUCAUGUUUGUUCAUCGGAGAAAACCAAGAAUCAAAAUUUGUUACCCAAGCUUUCAAUAGUAGUUUUAGGAUUAGACAAAGAAUCAGCAAGCAAUCCUGUCCAUUUUAUAGUUCAAUAUCAUCUCUACUACUAAUUUGGGAAUCUGGGUUUGCAAUGAUUUUUCAAGGCGAACAAAUUGAAUCAUUGAAAGAGAACAAAGGACAAGAUGAAUCAAAUGAAGAAGAAGAAGAAGCAACAGACCAACCUGACGGUGUUGGAGCUUUGGAGUGGCUGAACUUGAGCUUGGGGAGGAACAAACAGCUUUUAACUGAAUCACAAAGAUCUGCAGCUUCAGCCAAAACCUUUUCAUGCAACUUCUGUAAGAGAGUAUUCUACAGUUCACAAGCAUUAGGAGGCCAUCAAAAUGCUCACAAGAGAGAGAGAAGUGCAGCUAGAAGACACCAAGCCCACAGAAUGAUGACUUUACUUGGUCUUCCAAUUCAUAAUUCUAUGGUUAGAUCACUUGGUGUUCAACCACAUUCACUUGUGCACAAACCAGGUAGGGAAGACACUGCAGUAGUAGCAAGAUUUAAUCAUAUCAAAACUAGUUCAUGGGCACCUUUCAUGCUGGGGGAUGCCAUGGACUUCAUGUGGCCAGGAAGUUUCCGCUUUGCUCAACAUCAAAUUCUCCCAGAGCCACCACCACCACGAGAACCACCAAUGGAACCGUUCAAGCUCGAUCUGAAUCUCCGACUUUAAUUCUGUCUGUUGUAAUAAUAUGGACUUGUCUACUUCAUUCCUAUAGUGAUCAAUAGUUCAUUCAUAUAUAUCAAGUACAUGACUAACUUUAGGGGAAGAGUUAGAAUCCUAUGUGAAAUCAGGAAAAUGCACCAUUAAUGUUAAAUCUCUUCUGCUUGUUGAAACACAAGAGGCCUGAUUUGUUUCAACAUUAAGAUUUAGAGUAUAUAAAUUACAUCAAACUAAGUAGGCCGUAAGGGGGAAGGAAAAAAGAUCAAUAAUAAUUUGAAAGUUAAAGAUU